AUGUCUGAACAAAAUGACUGGCUGGUCCGCCUCCCCGAUCACCCCAAUGUGCUCGCAACCCGCAUCGAGAACCGCCCUCUCCACCUAAGCCAUAACAAGCCGCAUUUCGAGUCGGGAAAAAUCGCAUUUGGCGGGCCCAUCUACUCUUCACAGCCGAAGGACCUCGAAGACAGUUUCAAGAAGAUCAUAGGAAGCAUCCAUCUGUGCAAGGCCGCGACGGAGGAGGAGGUCUGGGAUAUGGUUCGGGAUGAUCCGUAUGCGAAACUGGGCGUGUGGAACUUGGACGAGGUGGUCAUUACUCCGAUGAAAGUGUUUGUGAGCCAACCUUUGUAA